CCGGCUCGGGCAGUUUAGUUGCCAGUGUUGCUUCCGGCUUGGAAAGGAGCAGUUGUCGGAGCCGCGAAGAUGGCGUCGACCAGCAGCCGUUUGGAUGCUCUCCCAAGAGUCACAUGUCCAAAUCAUCCAGAUGCAAUUUUAGUCGAGGACUAUAGAGCCGGUGAUAUGAUCUGUCCUGAAUGUGGCCUAGUUGUAGGGGACCGGGUUAUCGAUGUAGGAUCUGAAUGGAGAACUUUCAGCAAUGACAAAGCAACAAAAGACCCAUCUCGAGUUGGAGACUCUCAGAAUCCUCUUCUGAGUGAUGGAGAUUUGUCUACUAUGAUUGGCAAGGGUACGGGAGCUGCAAGUUUUGAUGAGUUUGGCAAUUCUAAGUAUCAGAAUCGGAGAACAAUGAGUAGUUCUGAUAGAGCGAUGAUGAAUGCAUUCAAGGAAAUCACGACCAUGGCAGACAGAAUCAACCUCCCUCGCAAUAUAGUUGAUCGAACAAAUAAUUUAUUCAAGCAAGUAUAUGAGCAGAAGAGCCUGAAGGGAAGAGCUAAUGACGCGAUAGCUUCUGCUUGCCUGUACAUCGCCUGUAGACAAGAAGGCGUUCCGAGGACAUUUAAAGAAAUCUGUGCUGUAUCCCGAAUUUCUAAGAAAGAAAUUGGCCGCUGUUUUAAACUGAUUUUGAAAGCUUUGGAAACCAGUGUGGAUCUGAUCACAACUGGAGACUUUAUGUCCAGGUUCUGCUCCAAUCUUUGCCUCCCCAAGCAAGUGCAGAUGGCAGCGACACACAUAGCCCGCAAGGCAGUGGAGCUGGACUUGGUUCCUGGCAGAAGCCCGAUCUCUGUGGCGGCAGCAGCUAUUUACAUGGCUUCCCAGGCAUCAGCUGAGAAGCGGACACAGAAAGAAAUCGGAGACAUUGCUGGUGUUGCUGAUGUUACAAUCAGACAGUCCUACAGACUGAUCUACCCUCGGGCUCCAGAUCUCUUCCCUUCAGACUUCAAGUUUGACACCCCAGUGGACAAAUUACCCCAGCUAUAAGCUGAGACAACUAAAUGUCACACUGUUAUGUACAUGGAACUUUGUACAUUGCCUACACAAUGCUGGUUGAGCCUUUAAUGAGGACAAAGAAGAUGGUACGCAUUCCAGAGCUAAAUAUUAUUGCUUAGCAUUCUGUAUGUAUAUACUAGUGCAACGUAUUUAAUGAUUUAAAUUUCUUACUGAAUCUGCUUUCUUUUUAGUGAUCUAGGAAACAGUAUUUUGGAAGAUGUUGAAAUAUGUAAUUCUCAAAUAAAGCAUUUUUCAAAACUGA